AAGAGAGGGAAAGGGAUGGAAUGGUGAUUGGCGGAGCUCUACCGGCUCUUUUGACUGGCAGUCGGAGCCAGCAACGUGAGGCGGUCGUUGGUCAGGCUCCACGCAGAUCCUAAGGAGAGCGAAAUGGAGCGGUGUGUGUCUAACCUGAUGGUCUGCAAUCUGGCCUACACUGGAAAGCUGGAGGAGUUGAAGGAGAAGAUCCUGGCCGAUAAAUCCUUGGUUACCCAAACUGACCAGGACAGCAGAACUGCAUUGCAUUGGGCAUGCUCAGCAGGACAUACAGAAAUUGUUGAAUUCUUGCUGGAGCUUGGAGUGCCAGUGAAUGAUAAAGAUGAUGCAGGCUGGACUCCUCUUCAUAUUGCUGCUUCUGCUGGCCGGGAUGAGAUUGUAAAAACCCUUCUGGGAAAAGGUGCUCAAGUGAAUGCUGUCAAUCAAAAUGGCUGUACUCCUCUGCAUUAUGCAGCUUCCAAAAACAGGCAUAAGAUCGCUGUUAUGUUACUAGAAGGUGGGGCUAAUCCAGAUGCUAAGGACCAUUUUGAGGCUACCGCAAUGCACCAGGCAGCAGCCAAGGGUAACUUGAAGAUGAUUCAUAUCCUUCUGUGCUACAAAGCGUCCACAAACAUCCAAGAUACUGAGGGUAACACUCCUCUACACUUAGCCUGUGAUGAGGAGAGAGUGGAAGAAGCAAAACUGCUGGUGUCCAAAGGAGCAAGUAUUUACAUGGAGAAUAAAGAAGAAAAGACACCCUUGCAAGUGGCCAAAAGUGGCCUGGGUUUAAUACUCAAGAGAAUGGUGGAAGGUUAAGCAGCUUCGAUUUAUUCUUUAUUUGUGUUAUGGUUGUCCUCAAUGUCCUGGAAACUAAUGUACUUUGUGCACAAGACUUCAUCUAUGUAUGAUGAAGUUUUUCUCACCUGUAAAGUCUUGUAACAUGUUGAAUAUGGUUCCUGCUAAGGUACUUGUUCUAAGCUUACAACUUGCUGUCCAAGCAUUGAAUAACUGUUGAGAGUGUUCUUGUUGUUGUAUAUUAUUCUAUAUUGAAUUUUAGCUAAUUUUGGGUAAGUGAGUCUGUGGUCAUUGUGCAUCUUUGGCAU